UUUAUGGGAAAGUUUAUGGUUGCUAAAGGGAUCUGAAUUCACCGGUAAAGGUACAGCCAAUUGACUUUACGGCUUUAAAAAGACCCGAUCUGGCCUUUUUGAGUCUUGUAACCAUAAAGAGACUUCGUUUGCACAGAACUGACUUACAUAAGAACUUGAAACGAAUAACAAAGAAGUAGGCUUCCUCUGUCGCUAUGGCGAAGAGGUGCAAUCCAGACUGUAAAAUGAAAACGAUGCUCUCAUAACAAGUUUAGAGUCAUUCGAUGGUUCAGAAAGGGCGAUGAUUCCUGGUCCCAGGGACUUUUUGUUGGAGGCGUGGAUCUAACCGAACAGUGCAGAUGGAGUUUGCUUUUAACAUCAAUGACUUGUUACCCGAUCUAAUUACAGUCGUUGACGACAAGUUAGCCCCAUUUCGGUCGCGAAUUAAAAAUGACAGGUAUGAAUUUGCAAACAAGCAAUCUCAGCUGAAGAUAGUUAUUGAUCACAUGGGGGAAGCUUCUACAAGGGCCCAAGGUUUGAGAGCACCAAUUACAAGUGCAUUAAAACUGCAACAUUCAGACCACAGGCUUUAUGUUAUGAAGGAUUCAGCUGCAAACAAUGGCCAAGGAGCAGUUGUGGGGAUUCUUAAAGUUGGUCAUAAAAAGUUGUUUUUAAUGGAUAUGCAAAGUGUGCAGUAUGAAGUCAAUCCCUUGUGUGUAUUGGAUUUCUAUGUCCAUGAAUCUCGUCAGAGAACUGGUUGUGGCAAAAGGCUAUUUGAACACAUGUUGAAGAUGGAAGGUAGAAUGGUUUAUCAGCUAGCUAUUGACAGACCAUCUCACAAGUUUGUCUCUUUUCUGAAGAAAUAUCAUGGCUUUAAAAAUGCAAUUCCUCAGGCAAACAACUUUGUGAUUCAUGAGCAUUUCUUCUCGGAUCUGCAGGCUGUUGGCCAUGUACCGCGUCGAAGUUAUCGCUUUGCUAAUGCCAGUCUAUCAGGGAAGCCCCCAAUACAUACAUACAGAAAGACAAGUCAUGCUCGUGACACUCCACCUCUGCUGCUGCGUCGUCAGUCUUCUUCCAGCCGUCAGUCCAGUCGACCGAAUAGCGGCAGAGAGUUCUCACACGACACUGCACACAGCGGCGAAUCCGAGCCGUCAGCCUUGCAGCGAAUAAACAAUUCUCUACAAGACAUCAACCUUCCUCCAGUAGUGCCAAGGCCUUCAUCACGAAACUCGGCACCAGGCUCACGGGGUUCCUCUGCAGGGCGGAGGUCUGUGACGAGACAGAUGGAGUUAGGAACACCAGAAGCGACCGGUCACGUUAGCUCUGAGACCUACAACGCGUCACGUGGUUUGGCGGCUCGCGCCACUUCGUACAGCCGCCACUCAAACCGCGGGAAUUCAGCGGACUUUUCAAAGACCGAAAAAGACGUCGUAGUUACGGGCACAAAAGUUAGUGACAAUUUUUAUAGGAACAAUAGCGGAGGAAGAGCACGAUCUCUGCAUCUUACCUCAGUCGAAAAUCCUUUCCUGGGACACGGAGUUAUGGAAAAAACUUCUCCACAGAGGAAACAAGAAAGAGCAGGAACGCAAGAACAAAUGGCCUCGACGAUGGUUCCGCCCGAAGAAGGCGCACAGGAUCAGAACUUCAAUAUCACUGACAAAAAAGAGACAUCAGAGACAUCACAACAAAGUGGAAUAACACCAUCGGGAAGUUUUACCGUCGGCACAAUGUUUAAAGCCCAUUUUGGUAACAGACAACCUUUCAUCGGUAGCUCCUGGAAUAUUUUUGGAGUUCCGACCUUUAUGAAUAAAGACUCUAAUUCAGCUCACUACGCGUACACGAGACGAACACAAAGUAGACAUCACCCGUUUUGAGGAGUUCAUGUACAUAAUGCACUCCUGCUAAUAUCGGGCUGGUUCCGUGGGGAACGAAUUUUCUUCGGUUGUAAACGAGCAACGCUUUUAUUAAUGUUCAUCAUUUAGUUUCCGAGUAAACCUUCGCUAUCCUGGUAUAACAUUUGUUUAUUCCUAUCUCUUCAAUGGUUGUCUAAAUCAGCAAACGAUUAUGUCAAAGGUAAUUACAGCAAUUUUCAAUUGAGUGUCGAAUGUAAUCCGAGAUAGCAUUGGUUUCGCUUUAUUCCGCUCUGUGAUUGGUCAAGAAAACUCACGCCAAUCCUCUUAACCAAUCAGAUUCGAAACUUGAACUUAUCUUGACUCGGCCAUUUGCCUUUUCCCGCGUUUCAGGCAGUGUACUUGACUUUUCAUCGGCGCCUUCUGUGUUCUCGUUUCGUCGUAUUUCUGUUGCCAUUACUGUAAUUUUGGUUUGAUGACACUCACUCAAAAUUGGCUUAAAUUUGAUCAAUUUAUGAUCGAUUUUUCAAGACGUGACUUUAAACAUGAUUUCUUCAUGUUAACAGCGGCAAAGGUCGAGUGAGGGCCUUUAACUCGACACCUUUACGUAGACACCCCUCUCCCCUUUUCCUCUUCCCCUGGUUAAGGGAAGGAAGUGUUACAAUCUAACUCCGCACCGCCACCAACCCGGAUAACGAGGCAUGGCAAAUUGAAUCUGUAUCUUAACAUAAAUUAUUAUCACGUACGUUUAACUUCGCGCCCUUUCAAGAGAACCGUCGAAGAGGUGACCAGAACGCACAAAGUUAAUAUCAUUGUAUGAUUUUAUCUUGAUUGAACGCAUUGAUAGUGUGUAGGAUAGUUCAGUGUGCGAGUUUUUCAUGCUACCUACAUCACUUCUAUAAAUAAUUAUUUUUACUU